ACAUUGCUUCCCGCGUUUUCCAUCUCAUAUUAAUUCAUGCGUGCAAGCUAAACCCAUUCCCCCUUUGUUUCAUCAUCUUAAUCUCUCUAUGCCCCCUUAACCGUUUCAUUUCAUCGUUAUCUCUUCCCAACUUUCUUCUAAGCCUUUCCCUUUACUCUAAUAAGUAAUCUUAUCCUGCUCUCUCUCUCUCUGCCACCUUUAUCAAAGCCUAAUCGGUGCCCACCAUAAUCUUUCUUUCAUGUCAUUUAGUUUCAUCUGUUUACCUCAAGCCCUUGUCUCUGUUAACCCCCUUAAUUGAUCGACUUCUCUGUUCUGGGUUUUCAUCAAUUUCACAACUUCAUUCAGUAAUUCACAAGAAAUUGGUGCACAAUUUAUGAUCUUUGCCGGUUUUUCUCAUGUGCGACUGUCGCAGUUUAGCUGUUUGUUCUAUUGCCUAGCUGAAGUCUAGGGUUUUCUUUUUCAUAGUUUUCGGGUUGUAUGAGAGUUUCCUGAGGUAAUUUGGAUUCAGUUGGAACCGUAUUAAAAGUACUUGUUAAGAUUGAAAACCUUUGGACUUCAGAUCGUGUCAUAUCUUGUUGAUUUUGCUUUAUUAGAUCUAUUUGAAAAAUGGGAGCUCAUGUUAGCAAGAAAUCUGCUGCUGCUACUACCUCCUCCGUCUCACCUGCUAUGUCUUUGAAAGAGACCCAACAAAUCAUUACAGAGCUUAAUGCUUAUGAAGCUGCCUGCAGAUCAGAUGCUGAUUUGCAAUCUUUUGAUGCUAUGCUACAUGCUCGGGCUAAUAACGUGAUCAAUACUUUGGCUGUGGGAGUUGAAGUCCGAGCUUUAUCGUUUGAUACCCUGAAAGAAGUUACAGAGUGUUUGUUAGAAAUGAAUCAAGAAGUUGUGAAGGUGAUAUUGCAUUGCAAGAAAGAUAUCUGGAAGAAUCAAGAAUUGUUUGAAUUGGUGGAAGAAUAUUUCGAGAAUAGCCUUCAAACGCUUGAUUUCUGUGCAGCUUUGGAUAAAUGCUUGAAGAGGGUACGAGAUAGCCAACUGAUGAUUCUUGUAGCUUUGCAGCAUUUUGAUGAGGAUGAAGGUGUGGAGGAGAAUAGGUACGAAAAGACUCUUGAAGAUUUGAAGAACUUCAAGGAUGCUGGUGAUCCAUUCACAGAUGAAUUCUUUAAGAUAUUUCAUUCCGUAUACAGACAACAAAUGGUGAUGCUUGAGAAGUUACAAGCCAAGAAAACAAAGUUGGACAAGAAGGUGAAGUACAUUCAAACAUGGAGGAAAGUGUCAUCUGUCAUCUUUGUGGCUACUUUUGCAGCUGUGUUGAUAUGCUCUGUGGUGGCAGCUGCCAUAGCUGCACCGCCUGUGGCGGCAGCACUUGCUGCUGCCGCUGCUAUCCCUCUUGGUUCAAUGGGGAAGUGGAUCAACUCCCUUCUGAAAAACUAUGAAAACGCCAUUAAAGGGCAAAAGGAGAUCAUAAGCUCUAUGCAAGUAGGGGGUUAUGUGGCUAUCAGGGACCUUGAUACGAUUCGGGUUCUUGUUGAUAGACUUCAAAUGGAUAUAGAGGAGUUGAUGAGGAAGGCUGAGCAUGUGAUUGAGGGAGAUGAAAUGGUGAAAGUUGCAAUUGAAGAGAUAAAGUUAAAGCUCAAUUCAUUUAUGAAGAAUGUAGAUGAUUUAGGGAUGCAGGCGGACAAUUGCAGCCGUGAUGUUAGACGAGCUAGGACUGUUGUCUUACAAAGGAUCAUCAAGCCACCACAUAAUCAAUGAAAGCUCCUAUACUCUGGUAUGGCUAUCUUCGUAUGUGAAGUUCAGACUUAAAUGUAUAUAACCCCUUUUGUCCUAAUCAUUUGGGAUUUAGCAGAUGGGUUUUAUCUUGUGAUGAAGAAUAAUAGAGGGUUAAUUUGUGUUAAAGUAUGCUGUUUUUAGGAAACAAAAAGUGCUUAGGCUCUGUUCAUUCAUAUGUGCAUUUGCUUCUCUUGCUCCCAUUCUUACUAUUUCUUAAUAAAACUUUAUCAAGUUGUUGUUCU